UUAUAUAAAGCCGCCGAGCACAAGGUCGCGCUUCAGACAGACACGUGUUGUCGUAGUGUGCGCCGCGGAGCCGGGUCAGUCCUUCAGACAGGGCUCUGAUGAAAAUAGAGAUCCCCGUUCGGAGUAAGAGCGACCGAAAACGAGAGAAAUCCGCUCCAGGGAGGUGAAUUCUGGAGCUUUCUGCCGGCAGCUGCGCUCUGUGUGUCGUACUGCUGCGCGUAGCCGGACUGGCUCACUUCGCCCUGCACCGCGUUUGAUCUCCGCUUAGAAGUUUAGGAUAUUUGGCAGUUUGUGCGCCAUGGCGGACUAUCUGAUCAGCGGACAGACGGGUUAUGUGCCUGAAGAUGGUCUUACGGGGCAGCAGCUCUUCAACUGCGGCGACGGCCUCACAUACAAUGACUUCUUGAUUCUCCCAGGCUACAUUGACUUCACAGCUGACCAGGUGGAUCUGACCUCAGCACUGACCAAACAGAUCACCAUAAAGACGCCGCUGGUUUCAUCGCCCAUGGAUACGGUCACUGAAUCAGGGAUGGCAAUUGCCAUGGCUCUGACUGGCGGUAUUGGCUUCAUCCACCAUAACUGCACACCAGAAUUCCAGGCCAAUGAAGUGAGGAAGGUCAAGCUGCUACCCUUGCCUUCUACCCCCAUCAUCCACUCUGUCCCUUAUCCUGAAUUCUCCUGUUUCCCCAACCCCAUCUCCCAGCGGUACGAGCAGGGCUUUAUUACAGACCCCGUGGUGAUGAGUCCCAACGAGCAUGUGCGAGACGUCUUCCAGGCGAAAGCGCGGCAUGGGUUCUGUGGCAUUCCCAUCACGGACAAUGGACAAAUGGGUGGCCGACUUGUGGGCAUCAUCUCAUCCCGAGACAUUGACUUCCUGAAGGGGGAGGAGCAUGACCUUCCACUCAGCGAGGUGAUGACGAAGAGGGAGGAUCUUGUUGUAGCUCCUGCUGGAGUGACACUAAAGGAGGCCAAUGAGAUCCUUCAGAGAAGUAAAAAAGGAAAGCUGCCCAUAGUGAAUGAGGAGGGCUGUUUAGUGGCCAUCAUCGCUCGCACAGACUUGAAGAAAAACAGAGACUUCCCUCUGGCUUCUAAAGACUCGCGCAAGCAGCUGCUCUGUGGUGCUGCUAUAGGAACUCACAAUGACGACAAAUACAGACUUGACCUGCUUGUGCAGGCCGGUGUAGACGUGGUUAUACUGGACUCUUCCCAGGGAAAUUCAAUCUACCAGAUCAACAUGAUCAAGUACAUAAAGGAGAAAUACCCCAACCUGCAGGUUGUAGGGGGCAAUGUGGUGACAGCAGCUCAAACAAAGAAUUUGAUUGAUGCGGGCGUUGAUGCUCUGAGAGUGGGCAUGGGCAGUGGCUCCAUUUGCAUCACACAGGAAGCUCCUCUUAAUAUACCUCCUGAUAUAAAGCUCCACAGCCCCAAAAGCCCAACCACUGUAACGGGAUACUCCAUGCUGGCAUGUGGCAGGCCACAGGCUACUGCUGUUUAUAAGGUAUCUGAGUACGCUCGACGGUUUGGAGUGCCUGUCAUUGCAGAUGGAGGCAUUCAGACAGUAGGGCACAUUGCCAAAGCCCUUGCCCUGGGGGCGUCCACAGUGAUGAUGGGGUCUUUGCUUGCAGCUACAAGCGAGGCUCCUGGUGAGUAUUUCUUCUCAGAUGGAAUCAGACUGAAGAAGUAUAGAGGCAUGGGCUCUCUCGAUGCCAUGGACAAAAACCUGGGCUCACAGACCAGAUAUUUUAGUGAAAGUGAUAAGAUUAAAGUAGCUCAGGGUGUAUCAGGAGCGGUACAGGAUAAAGGCUCUGUCCAUAAGUUUGUUCCCUACCUCCAUGCUGGAAUACAGCACUCCUGCCAGGACAUAGGAGCCAAGAGUCUCACACAACUCAGGGCAAUGAUGUAUUCUGGUGAUCUGAAAUUUGAAAAGAGAACUUUAUCUGCUCAGAUGGAAGGAGGAGUUCACAGUCUGCACAGCUACGAAAAACGUCUGUUCUAAAGAAGACGACUAAUGCCAAGACCACAUAGUCCUAGAAUGUAACAAUGCGCACAAAAAGUCACUUUUGUAUGCGGAUCCACUACCAAAUCUCAAAUACGUCCUUGCACACAAACACAAACUUGCUUACACACACACAUAGUGAUGCCCAUUUCAAAACCUCCAACUUCCCUUUUUGUCUUCCCAGCUUUCUUUCCUCUUAACAGGGAGAGAAGCUGUGCAUGUGUCCUUGUGUGCGCCUGCGUGUACGUUAGAAAGUUUAAGGUCAUGCUGCUUGUUUUUGAAACAGAAAUUGCCCCAAAUAACGUGAUGAAUAAUAUAAUAUUCAUUAUAAUAAAAAAAUUUUCCACUAAAA